AUGGAGGUUCCUGGCACACUCCUUCAAGGAGCUCAAGCUUCAGGAAGCUCAUUUGAAACACCCGAGCUGGACAUCUCCAAAGGCAAAAUCAAGUUGCCUGAAUUUGAAUUUGUUGAUGUCGUUCAGCUUCAGAACAAAGUCUUUGAUCUGGAACAAAACUCUGCUGAAAAAGAUUUGGUAAUUGGAAAGCAGGAUAUUCGAAUCAACGAGCUUGAGAAAGAGAAUUAUGAUAAAGAUUCAAAGAUCUCAGAGCUUCAAGAAAAUCUCGGUGGUUUAACUGCUCUAUUGUUUGAUCUGAAACAACGCCUAUUUCAGAAGUUUGGUGAUGAAUUUCAACCCUUGAGCGCUGAAGGAGAAAAGAUCACUACUUCUAGUUCAGGUCCUGCCAAUCCAACUUCUCAAUCUUCAGGUGAAAGAGCUGCAAUACCUGCUCCAGAUGAUAAUCUUGAUACAUUGUUAUCUUUUGGUUCUCUUUCUGCUCAAGAAAGAAGAGAGAAGCAAUUUAGGGUUGACCAGCUGAAAGGGAAAAUUCUCUUGAUGAAGAAUUCAGAUCAAAAUGUUCCGGGUGAUCACCCUGAAAUGUUCUUCAGGGAAACUGGGAAGUUCACAGACAAAUAUGUUGAUCGUUUUGGCAUCAUCAUGUGGGCAUACGGUGCUGAAAAGAAGAUGUGA